GUAAACGAGCCAGACGAAUUGGAAUCACCCGAGGUUCUGGCUCAAUGUGCGUUGAAUGCUCCCGGCCCGUACGGGCGCAUACUGACAGAGAACGGUCUGCCGGACCGACCCCGAUUGACGGCACAACAGAAAAUCUUUCAGCUCUUGUUGGACUGUAUCAGCCAAAUUGCUGAAAAGGAGCAGAGGGACGCGAUUGUGAACUUCCGAGAAACACCAGAUAAUCCAGAAAGCCCAACGAUACUGCAUCGAUUAAUCGCAGCCCACUCGGAUCGAUACGAUCUAACGUGGUCGAUUGAUCAACUGAUGCGCGCGGGAGCCGAUCCCUUAAUUAAGGCUAACUUGCAUGACAACCGCGGCUCUGAGGUAUCUCGAUUGAGCUGUCUUCAACAGGCCGCAUGCUCCAUCGACUUUGUUCGACUGCUACCCAUACUGCUACAGAGCUUGAACAUGAAACAUGUGACCGUUAGGUCGCAUUUAGAAGAACGGUUCUUCUACGCCGGUCGCUCAAUGUGUGUUCGUGAACAGCUUGAUGCACUUUCCCAAUUUGACGGUUUAACUCCAGGGUCCAUUUCGGUUGCAAAAAAUUCAAGUCUGUUGCAUACAAUUACACCCGUACCAGCCACGAGUAUUUUCCUUGUUGACUUGGCCGGUAUUUCAUGUGAAUGCGGACAGUUACAGUGCUGA